AUGCAGUGCCUAGCGGCCGCUCUUAAGGACGAAACCAACAUGAGUGGGGGAGGGGAGCAGGCCGACAUACUGCCGGCCAACUACGUGGUCAAGGAUCGCUGGAAGGUGCUGAAAAAGAUCGGGGGCGGGGGCUUUGGUGAGAUCUACGAGGCCAUGGACCUGCUGACCAGGGAGAAUGUGGCCCUCAAGGUGGAGUCAGCCCAGCAGCCCAAGCAGGUCCUCAAGAUGGAGGUGGCUGUGCUCAAAAAGCUGCAAGGGAAAAGCCACGUGUGCAGGUUCAUUGGCUGUGGCCGGAAUGAGAAAUUUAAUUAUGUGGUGAUGCAGCUCCAGGGCCGGAAUCUGGCCGACCUGCGCCGCAGCCAGCCUCGAGGCACCUUCACGCUGAGCACCACGCUGCGGCUGGGCAAGCAGAUCCUGGAGUCCAUUGAGGCCAUCCACUCGGUGGGCUUCCUGCACCGUGACAUCAAGCCGUCAAACUUUGCCAUGGGCAGGCUGCCCUCCACCUACAGAAAGUGCUACAUGUUGGACUUCGGGCUGGCCCGGCAGUACACCAACACCACGGGGGAUGUUCGGCCCCCUCGGAAUGUGGCCGGGUUUCGAGGGACUGUUCGUUAUGCCUCAGUCAAUGCCCACAAGAACCGGGAGAUGGGCCGCCACGAUGACCUGUGGUCCCUUUUCUACAUGCUGGUAGAGUUUGCAGUGGGGCAGCUGCCCUGGAGAAAGAUCAAGGACAAGGAGCAGGUAGGGAUGAUCAAGGAGAAGUAUGAGCACCGGAUGCUGCUGAAGCACAUGCCCUCCGAGUUCCACCUCUUUCUGGACCACAUUGCCAGCCUCGACUACUUCACCAAGCCUGAUUACCAGUUGAUCAUGUCGGUGUUUGAGAACAGCAUGAAGGAACGGGGCAUCGCUGAGAAUGAGGCCUUUGACUGGGAGAAGGCGGGCACCGAUGCCCUCCUGUCCACAAGCACCUCCACUCCACCCCAGCAGAACACGCGGCAGACGGCAGCCAUGUUCGGGGUGGUCAACGUGACGCCAGUGCCCGGGGACCUGCUCCGGGAGAACACCGAGGACGUGCUGCAGGGCGAGCACCUGAGUGACCAGGAGAACGCACCCCCAAUCUUGCCUGGGCGGCCCCCUGAGGGGCUGGGUCCCAGCCCCCACCUUGCCCCCCACCCCGGGGGUCCUGAGGCUGAAGUCUGGGAGGAGACGGAUGUCAACCGGAACAAACUCCGGAUCAACAUCGGCAAAACCCCUUGUGUGGUGGAAGAGGAGCAGAGCCGAGGUGUGGGGGUCCCCAGCUCCCCGGUGCGUGCCCCUCCAGACUCACCGACAACCCCAGUCCGUUCUCUUCGCUACCGGAGGGUCAACAGCCCUGAGUCUGAGAGGCUUUCCACAGCGGAUGGGCGGGUGGAACUGCAUGAGAGGAGGUCACGAAUGGAUCUGCCCGGCUCACCCUCGCGCCAAGCCUGCUCUUCGCAGCCGGCCCAGAUGCUCUCAGUGGACACAGGCCACGCCGAUCGGCAGGCCAGCGGCCGCAUGGACGUGUCAGCCUCCGUGGAGCAGGAGGCCCUUAGCAACGCCUUCCGCUCAGUGCCGCUGGCCGAGGAGGAGGACUUUGACAGCAAGGAGUGGGUCAUCAUUGACAAGGAGACAGAGCUCAAGGACUUCCCCCCGGGGGCCGAGCCCAGCACAUCGGGCACCACGGACGAGGAGCCCGAGGAGCUGCGGCCGCUGCCCGAGGAGGGCGAGGAGCGGCGGCGGCCAGGGGCAGAGCCCGCCGUCAGGCCCCGGGGACGAGGCAUGCAGACGCUGGCUGAGGAGGACCCUCGGCAGAUUCCAACCCAGCCCCUACCACCCCAGCUGAGCCAAGCUGAUGGCCGGUCAGAGACGUCGCAGCCCCCCACGCCCGGCAGCCCUUCCCACUCGCCCCUGCACUCGGGACCCCGGCCUCGACGGAGAGAGUCCGAUCCCACAGGCCCGCAGAGACAGGUGUUCUCCGUGGCAUCCCCGUUUGAGGUCAAUGGUCUCCCACGAGCUGUGCCUCUGAGCCUGCCCUACCAGGACUUCAAGAAAGACCUCUCUGAUUACCGAGAACGGGCUCGGUUGCUCAACAGGGUCCGGAGGGUGGGAUUCUCCCACAUGCUGCUCACCACCUCCCAGGUCCCACUGGCUCCUGUUCAGCCUCAAGCUAAUGGGAAGGAGGAGGAGGAGGAGGAGGAGGAGGAAGAGGAGGAAGAGGAGGAGGAAGAGGAGGAGGAGGAAGAGGAGGAGGAGGAGGAAGAAGAGGAGGAGGAGGAGGAAGAAGAGGAGGAAGAGGAGGAGGAGGAGGAAGAGGAGGAGGAGGCAGUGGCUCUAGGGGAGGUGCUGGGGCCUCGCAGUGGCUCCAGCAGUGAUGGGAGUGAGAGGAGCACUGAUCGGAGCCAAGAGGGUGCCCCUUCCACGCUGCUGGCUGAUGACCAGAAGGAGUCCAGGGGCCGGGCCUCCAUGGCCGACGGGGACCUGGAGCCUGAGGAGGGCUCCAAAACGCUGGUGCUCGUCUCCCCUGGCGACAUGAAGAAGUCGCCCGUCACUGCCGACCUGGCCCCUGACCCUGACCUGGGCACUCUGGCUGCCCUCACUCCUCAGCAAGAGCGGCCCCAGCCCACCGGCAGCCAGCUGGACGUGUCUGAGCCAGGCACCCUGUCCUCUGUCCUCAAGUCUGAGCCCAAGCCCCCUGGGCCUGGAACAGGGCCAGGGGCCGGGGCAGUGACCACAGGGGCAGGAGGAGUGGCAGUCACCUCCUCACCCUUCACCAAAGUUGAGAGGACCUUUGUGCACAUUGCAGAGAAAACCCACCUCAAUGUCAUGUCUUCCGGUGGACAAGCCUCCCGGUCUGAGGAGCUGGGUGCUGGGGGUGAGCCGGGCCUGGAGGCACCCUCUGACGGGAGGGUUGUGGAGGAGGGGGCCUCCGUACCCCUGGAGAAUGGCAUCGCCCAGUCAGGGCUGGAGAGCUGUGUUCUGUCUGGACCCCCGAUGGAUAGCCCCUUGGAGGUGGCCACAGGCUCACUGCCCAAUGGCCCAGCCCUUGUUAACGGGCCAGCUCCAGCAUCCCCGCUGGAGCCAGGCCCAGAGAAACUGGCCACUGUCUCCCCCAGCCGCCAUGCUAUGCCAGGCCCUCGCCCCAGGAGCCGGAUCCCUGUCCUGCUGUCUGAGGAGGACACAGGUUCGGAGCCCUCGGGCUCACUGUCGGCCAAAGAGCGGUGGGGCAAGAGGGCCCGACCACAGCAGGACCUGGCACGGCUGGUGAUGGAGAAGAGGCAGGGCCGCCUGCUGCUGCGGCUGGCCUCUGGGGCCUCGUCCUCCUCCAGUGAGGAGCAGCGCCGUGCCUCUGAGACGCUCUCAGGCACGGGCUCAGAGGAGGACACGCCUGCCUCGGAGCCUGCCGCCCCCAGGAAGGCAGGGCGGGCAGCUACCACCCGGAGCCGGAUUCCCCGCCCCAUCAGCAUCCGCAUGCCCACGCCUGCUGCAGCCCAGCAGUCCCCUGGCAGACCCCACAGCGCUGCCCCCGCAUCUGACACAGCCAUCACCAGCAGGCUCCAGCUGCAGAAGCCCCCAGGGUCGGCCGUUGCUGCUGACCUCCGCCCCAAACAGCCCCCCGGCCGUGGCCCGGGCCCAGGGCGAGCCCCAGCCGGCACCAGACCCCCCGCCCCGCGAAGUCCAGGCCCCUCCACCUCCGCCGCGCCACGCCAGCCCAGCGCGUCCCCCCGGAGCCAGUCCCUGUCCCGCAAAGAGAGCUCCUCUCCCUCGCACCAGGCCCGGCCCGCAGGUCCCCCGCCCCGGGGCGCCCCGCAGGCCCGGGCCCAGCCUGAUGGUACCCCCUCCCCGGGGGGCCCCAAGAAAGGACCCAGAGGGAAACUCCAGACUCAGCGCGCAGCAACCAAAGGCCGGGCGGGGGUCGCGGAGGGCCGGGCCGGGGCCAGAUAAUGACGCGCGAGGCUCUCCGCGGCCCCCCACCCUCACCCCGGCCCCCCAUCCGCAGCCGGCCACACUGAAACAGCUCCCAGCACAGCCUUACGCGCCUGACGCGCGCCACCCGCGGCCCCAGCUUCCCGCCUGCACCCGCGAGGACGCGCGCCAGCAUU